CCUACAAAACCCCAAACAGCAUAAAUCCCAAUAGCGCAUCUCAAUUCUAAACCCACACACACACACACACACACACACAUCGCAUUCCGGCGCAAGUUAGCUCACACCACCGUACGAAGCAGAUUCUGAAAUGGCGGCAUCAGCUUCGUCGACGAGCCUUAAACCCUCAGCCGCGUCCACCAACGGCUUAUGGCUGAGCCAGCGGCGCCCCCUCUCCACCACUUUCGGCGUCACCGCCCUCUCCUUCCGCCGCCACCGCGACCAACCCCGCCGAUUCGUCGUCCUCUCGAUGGACGCGAAGCCGACGAUUCUCGUAGCCGAAAAGCUCGGCGAGGCGGGGGUGAAGCUCCUCAAGGAAUUCGCUAACGUGGACUGCUCUUAUAACCUCAGCCCCGAGGAGCUCUGCACCAAGAUCUCACUCUGCGACGCGCUGAUUGUCAGGAGUGCGACCAAGGUGAGCCGGGAGGUGUUUGAGUCCUCCGCCGGUAGGUUGAAGGUCGUCGGAAGAGCUGGCGUUGGUAUUGACAACGUAGAUCUGGCGGCGGCGACUGAGCACGGAUGUCUUGUGGUCAAUGCGCCGACUGCUAACACCGUCGCUGCGGCGGAGCACGGUAUCGCUCUAAUCACUGCCAUGGCCAGAAACAUUGCUCAAGCUGAUGCCUCUGUCAAAGCUGGUAAAUGGUUGAGGAGCAAAUAUGUGGGUGUAUCUCUUGUCGGCAAGACACUAGCUGUGAUGGGAUUCGGUAAGGUUGGAUCAGAAGUUGCCAGGCGUGCAAAGGGGCUUGGUAUGAAUGUCAUUGCACACGAUCCCUAUGCCCCUGCUGACCGUGCACGUGCAAUAGGUGUAGAACUUGUGAGCUUUGAUGAAGCUAUUGGAACUGCUGACUUCAUCUCCCUUCACAUGCCACUCACCGCCGCUACCUCGAAAAUUCUGAACGACGAAACUUUUGCGAAGAUGAAAAAGGGUGUUAGAAUCGUUAAUGUUGCGCGUGGAGGUGUGAUUGACGAGGAUGCGCUUGUGAAGGCCAUUGAUGCUGGCAUUGUGGCUCAGGCAGCACUUGAUGUAUUCACAGAAGAGCCUCCGGCAAAGGAUAGCAAGUUGGUACAAAAUGAAAAUGUAAUUGCAACUCCACAUCUUGGUGCCAGUACAAUGGAAGCUCAGGAAGGGGUUGCCAUUGAAAUAGCUGAAGCUGUUGUUGGAGCUUUGAAGGGGGAGCUUGCUUCCACUGCUGUCAACGCACCCAUGGUUCCUGCUCAGGUCCUCACGGAGCUGAAACCCUACGUAGCCCUCUCUGAAAAGCUCGGCCGCCUCGCCGUCCAACUAGUUGCCGGCGGCAGCGGGGUCAAAACCGUAAAAGUGACCUACGCCUCCGCUCGAGCACCCGACGACCUCGACACAAGGCUCCUCCGAGCCAUGAUCACAAAGGGUCUAAUCGAGCCAAUCUCGAGCGUCUUCGUAAACCUAGUCAAUGCAGAUUUCACCGCAAAGCAAAGAGGAAUCCGAAUAACCGAAGAAAGGGUCACACUAGACGGUUCCCCGGAAAACCCACUCGAACUAAUCCAGGUCCAGAUCGCAAACGUCGAAUCGAAAUUUCAUAGUGCCAUGUCAGAUUCGGGCGAGAUUAAAGUGGAGGGGCACGUGAAAGAUGGGGUCCCGCAUUUGACUAAGGUGGGGUCGUUCGAAGUGGAUGUUAGCUUGGAGGGGAGUAUUAUACUGUGCAGGCAAGUUGACCAGCCAGGUAUGAUUGGGAAAGUGGGGAGUAUUUUGGGAGAGGAGAAUGUGAAUGUCAGCUUUAUGACUGUGGGGAGGAUUGCUCCGAGGAAGCAGGCGGUUAUGGCUAUUGGGGUGGACGAGGAGCCGAGCAAGGCGGCAUUGAGGCGGAUCGGCGAGAUUUCUGCUGUCGAGGAACUCGUUUACCUCAAAUUGUAGGGUGUUUGUUUUGCUUUCGCCAAUUUUGAUGGUUUUUUUUUAGUUUGUGAAAUUAAAUAAUUGAAGUAUGUGUUUUGCUUUGUUGGAGGGUGAGAGUUGUAUCAAGUUUUGCAAUUAGACCCUAUAUUUUAAAUUAUUAGUUCUCAAUUUGAAUUGCUUCUUAAAAUUAGUAUUUGAUAUGGAGUUAAUUUAA